GUGCCACACGGUGUAAACUUCUCCGCAUGCCCCCAUCAAGAGGAAAAAACAUGAAUCUCCUGGGAAACACCACGUGAUUUUUAACUAAUAUUAAACUGAUGCCUAAAUCGAUCAUUGCAGCCGAACCUUUUUCUCCGACAUUUAGAGCUCCUGAUAAUUCAUUGGUUCCUGCUCCAGUUCUUUUUAAACCUCCUGCGAUAUGAAGAUGCUAUUUGCAGCAGUCCUGAUGGCCUGUGUGUCUGUAGGUAGGUCCAAUCCCAGACAGUUACUCCGUCCGUCUGUAAUACAAUGUCCUCCGGCAGGACUUCGUUCUCGGGCUACGUUCUCCGGAACGACCAUAUUCAACCUUCUUAUGAAACAGUGACUCCUGAGUUCAAACCUUUCACAAUAUAAGUGUAUUAUUACAAACUGGGCAACUACAAAAAUUACAGGAUGCAGGGCCAAAUUGUAAGGAUUUCACAGAAGUCAAUGGCUCGCAGCUCAUGACGAAUGUUAAAAAAUGACGAAUAUCUAACUAUAUAAAGUGUUAGGUAAUACGGUGCAUAGCUCGGUGGCUCGUCAGUCGAGGUUACUGAGCCUUUCGAAGAACGGGAAAGUUCAAUAUUUUAGUGGCUCUUUAGUUGGGACUGCUAAGCCACCGAGCCACUUGCUGGUUUAUAUAGCCAUUUUAUGUACUUUUAUCAGUCUCACUGACGAGCAACCCUGUCACUCGAAAGUACAAUAUAUAAUUCUAAAAGAGUCUCCGCUUAUUCUGUAGUUAUGCAAAUAGCUCUUGGAUCAGUUUUUGCAAAGCUAGUAAUUUGUAUCUAUAUCGAAGCCGAUCGAUUCCAUCGACUCUGAUCAUUUUUGUUGUUUUUUAGACUGGCACCCUCGCGAUACCAGAGACUUUUUAUGUGCGGUUUCCGGUUUCUGUCAAGUCAACUUCGUUAUAACGAAGGGCCAUUGGGUUGGCGAAAUAUUUUCGCUACAUCGAGGCUUUCGUUAAGCGUUAUUAGUUCUUUUCCAUAUAAUUUGCUAUUACUUGGGAGAAGAAUAUCGUUUGUUAUACCGAGAACAUCGUUAUGAUAGGUUCCAUCUAGGUUUUCGAGGGAGCGGUCUUUCUGCGGGUUAAACGUUUAGUUUUUCUCGUUUUUGUUUUAGCCAUGUUGAAUUCGAGUUUCGAAUAUUGGCACACUUUUUCUCGAUACUUCCCCUUUGUUGUAACUACAGAUUCUAACAAUGUUGCCUGUAACUUUUAUUCUGUUCUCGCGCUUUUAUUUUGGUCGAACUUUUCGGGAACCUGAAAAAUAAGAGCGAACAACUUUUUUCAAAUGCAAGUUUGCUGGUUAGAUCUGGUGCUAACGAAUUCGGUAACAAAGGCUUUAGCGGCGACAGACCGUUGUAUUGUUCUACAGUAUUCAUAUUGGGUUGUUUCAUUGUGUUAAACACCCUGGUCUCUACGUUAAAGCUAGACAAAGUUCAAGAGGUUUUUUAAGUUUGCUUGUUCCGCAGAAACGACAACCACGUAAAGUUCUACUUCAUCGACUUGAAAAUAGUACGACCAAAGCCCGAUCUCAUGGUUUGUUUUCAUGAAAUAAAAUCGUGACUGAUGGUAGGACAAGGUGUUUAAUACUUAGCUUUGAUUAGACUGUAAAAAUUACCCUUGGGAAUUAUCUAACUCACUGCAAACAAAAGCUGCCCGCUCCGGCACUAUGCCGAAUAGCUUUUGCACCGCCGCGAAAAUCAAACCGGAUAGGACUUCUGUUCACAAAUUUGAACGGUUGUGGCGGCGCGAUUGCGGUCACGGAACUGCGAGGCUGCGCCGCGCCGAUCUGGAAAAAGGAACUUUAGAGUAGUGUGAACACCUAUUCGGCCCAUUAGCGGAAGUAAAUAGGCAGGAGCGAGGACUGGAAUGAACUCACUGUGAUGGAAGUGAAUAUUUAGGAGUGAAGACUGGAAUUUAGUGCAUCAAACCCUCUCAAGCAACCGCGCCGUCACCGCGCCGGCAGGAUGUCCGAUUGGGCUGCCCUGGGUAGUUGCUGUUCAUACGGUACCACACCACGAAAAGCUAUCAGAUAUUAAGUGAACACAGCGUCAGCAUGUCUUGUUUGUGGCACUUGCAAUUCAGAGUGUCGUCUACAAUUUUGUUCACAUAAGAGACAUAUCACUUGAGCAAAGAUGGGAAAGGACAUUAUUCAACCUUCUCCAAACGAAGGCCAUUCAACAAAAGGCCAGAGAAAUUCGGGCAAAAAUCAUGUAAGGCCUAGGCCAAACGACCAAAUUUUCAUGAAACGAAUCUAACUCUAAUUUGGGUCGAUCUUAUUUUAGUUAAGAUGGUCUGUUGGGUAAGACUUCGAACACAGGACGCGUCAAACCAAUAAGCUGGAUCGUACCAAAACCAAUUUUAAUGAAUUUUCUCCUGGCUCAAACAAGACUAAGUAUAAAUUAUCAAACAACUUUUUAAUUUGUUAGUUUAGUCCGUCGCAUGUGGAGAUCGACCGUUUGCCCGGACACGAUCUUCGGACGUUCUAUCCGCCUGAAGCAGAAGGAUAGAACGUGUUGGACGAUCCAAACUCUUUCAGACGAACCCAACUGAGCCAGACGUCGAACGUUUCAUGGACUUAAUUCACUAAGUUUGGUUCGUCUCAUGAAAAAUUCGACGUUUGAACCAGGCUAGGCCUAAAUUAUAAGGCUACAAUGUUGGGGGGAGUUGCUGCGUCCGUUCGUUGGCAGUGGUGUGCUCUCGGCCAAUGAAAAGGAAGAAAAUUUUGCAACAAAUGAUAAAGGCUAUUAUUAUCAUCAUCAUCAUCAUCAUCAUCAUCAUCAUCAUCAUCAUCAUUAUUGUUAUUAUUAUAAUUAUUAUUAUUAUUAUUGUUAUAUAAAGUCUUUUUCUGGGUUUCAUCGCUGUCAAAGAGAUAUCAUUUGAUGCCAUGGCAUUUUUUUUUUCAGCUUUUGGGCUCCAAUGUUACAGUUGUGCCAGUUUUAAAAGCAUGGACGAGUGUCAAGCUGCCCAGGAUAAAGUAAACUGCAGUUCAUCUUUGAUUGAUCCCCGUUGUUCAAAAGAGUCAUACGAGUAUAAAAUCGCCACUGACAUAACAAUGCACACGAAAGGAUGUAAGUCCAAAGACUACUGCGAAUCGGAGGCGCGAAAAAGUGUAUGUAAAGAAGCCAACGGAGAGAAAUGUGAAUCGAGUUGCUGUGAAGGAGAUCUCUGCAACACUAGCCUCGUUCCCGCAGUCAGCGUCCUGCUAAUGGUGUCAUGCGCACUUGUGGCAUUUUCUUGAUGAAGACGUGAGAAUAAUCGCUUCAGUCGAUCAGCCAGUAUAAUUCUAUGUAACCAAGUUUUUUCCCUCUUAUUUCCCUAAUUUUUUAUUUGUUUUGCAUAAUAUCUUCCGUCUAUCUUGGUCGAUUACACGCCGCGGUGUUUAUUAAAUUUUAAGGAUUUCUGAUGCGAAAGGCAGCGUUUAUUUCAAAACUGAUCUGCUUUCUUACAUCACUGAUUACAGUUACUGUUUUAAGUCAUUUGUAAAUACUAUGCAAAAGAGAAAGAUGUUUAAAGUUCCAAUGUUACAACUUUAGAACCGGGAAGAUAACUGAAUGGAGCGAACUUUCGCAAAGACUUCUGGGACUGUAGCCUGCGUGGCAGGCGUUCGAAAGGGAAGGUGAAAGGAAUUAGG